GGAGCGACGGCGACGGAAGCGCGCGCGGCUACCGCCCGUGUGCAGCCGCGCGGGCGGGCGGCAGCGACGGAGAGCAGCGCUCGUGUCACCUUCGUGACGUCAGCCUGCGGGCUAAUUGAGGACACGAGCUGGGUUGGAGUAUUUUCUGUUGGCGAUUACGUCGCUUGUUUGGAUGUUACUACAUUUCCCAUGAUUCCGCUAGCCGGAACCGAAAAGGAAAGGCGGAAGUAUGCGAAGAGUGAGCCGACGUUCCUGUGAGGAUGGUCCUUUACUGGAGGAGCAGGAGACCGAGGGCCAGCGGCAGUUCCACAGCCUUCUGCUGCAGCAGCUCCACACAGAUGUGGACAUCAGCCGAUGUUUAGCCAAGAGGCAGUGCUUUGCCCCGGCGGCGCUGUACCGGCCGUUUGGGGAGCAGGCGGCUGGCGUGAGGAGCCUGUCUCAGUUCCAGGCCCUGGAAGAUGGAGAGAAGGAACUGGUUGGCCUACAAGAACUGGGCCUCACCGAGGCUGAGAUCCAUCUAUGGCAGAACAGAAAUGAACCAGAAUCGACUGAGAAGUCUCAUGGUGUGUGUGCAGCUCCUGGCGUGAGGCAGCAGCGUUUGCAGGUCAUCAGGGACAAGAUUGAAGCCAGGGUGCAGCUCCUGUCCCGCCCACAACGCUUUUCCAGCAGUAGGCCGCUGUCACGCCGGGAGAUGGAGAUAGAAAGAGCACUGUUUCAAGGCAACGAGCGCCUGGGUUUCCUCACUGCACUUUACCAUCGAGAUGAAGAUAACCAGGAGGGCCAGCAGGGGGCAUCAUCCUCUGAUCCGGUGGACUCUCUCUACAAAGACGUUCUCAGUGAGGGAAGACAAACUUCACUGCAGGAUGCACAGGCAGAAACUCCUGCAACUUCACAUGCAACUUCCCACAGGACUGAACCUCACCAAAAAAAUUCUCAGAGACACGGUGACCACUUAGAGGCAGGGUCACAGGAGGAUGACAGUCAGUCACAAGCUUCUGAGCACAACGCAGAACAGCUAAGAGAAACAAGGAGUUUAUGUCAGUCAGCAUCACGUUCAGACACGGCAGACCAGGCGUACGCUCCGGACACACCUGGACAAGCAGGAAUGGCUUCUCUAGACAUAAAUAUUAGGCAGCAAAUCGGCAGACUUAGUGGAUGCAUGGAGGCGGGGUCCAGAGAACCGCUAACUCUCAGAGGAGAGAUUGAGGUUACUUCUCGUGAAGAAAUUCUAAAGAACCGUGAAUCUGAAGAAGGGAUCCGGCGUAUUCCGAGGUUCCGUAACUACCACCCAGGAAAACCCUCUAAGGUGCUGUGUGUGAAAAACCUGAGUGCACAUGCAACAGUGGCCCAGCUGGUGGCGCUUUUUUCCAGGUUUGAGCCGGAGAACGGGCCGUCCAUCAUUUACCGUCUGCUGACUGGGAGGCUGAAGGGUCAGGCCUUCAUCACCCUGCCAGAUGCUGAAACGGCCCAGACAGCCUUACAGUUGGUCCAUGGGUACCGGCUGCUAGGGAAACCUCUGGUGGUUGAGUUUGGCCGAGAACGACAAACAGAGGAGAUACGGAGGGAGGAUGAAGUGCAGGAGGAUAAGAAGUAGAAGCUGGUCAUCUCUGCAAAAAUGGAAAGGAUUUGUUGAUUCAAUCAGCAGUUUUAAAUGUUCCAGUCCUGGAAAUAAACUCUUUGCUGUGCUGUGAAAUCAUCAGGGUGUACGAAAAACAAAGGAGCGCCACCUAGAGGGCAUCCAGCAAAAGGAGGGCAAGUGACGUGUAGACCAUAGUUUGACAGACUCGCACUGCCAACAACAGACAUAAACACGUAUGUCAAUGGCUCUCAGGCCACAGACACAGUAUUGUUGUGUUGAGUUUUGUAAUGUCAGAUUAUGUGUGAAGUUCAUUGAAGUCAUGAGUAUUGAUUUGAUCAGUAUUAGCCAAGAAGUGUCUGAGAAUUGCCAUUUGUCAUGUCAGUCAUGUGUAACUGGAACAGUCACAGGAAACCAGUUAAUUACAAAGGUUUCUGUUAUUUUGUCCAGCCUGUGGUGGAGGAAGCGUUGAUGUUAAUGUUGUAAUGGUGGGUGGGCUUUUUUUAUGGUUUGGCGUGUUUUUCAUGUUUGUCUUUCUCACAGUGCGUCUGAUGGAACAACAGUAUCGUUAGUAGAAAAUUACUGUUAAAAUGACAUGAGUAUCGGACACCCACCACAUGCAAGUUGAAGGUGGGUCAUUUGGAUGCAUGCAGGCUGUCUGGUUUCAGUGUAGAUACAAACAUGUUUGACUUUCAGUGGAAUCUGAACUGCUGCACAGGAAGUCACUUGUUUUGCAAUCUGUAUUGUGGCCUCUCUUCAGAAGGCUUUGAC